UCACAAUACUUCCAUCGUCAAAAACAAACUUCAAAAAAUAAGGUAAAAGGUGGUUGUCCUAAUUAGUGCUUAUCGACAUUUGUUAUCUUCAUCAAGUCCCUCUCUGGCCAGUUGCAUUUUUAUUCAGCAGAUAUGCGCUCAAUAAUUCGCUAGAGUUACGUACGCACAUUUGUGUGAAAUAUAAUCACACAAGAAGUAGAAUUCUUAAACCAUAAAAUGUUAAGAAGAAAUAUUAGAAACUUUAGGAGAACUCGUUUCUAAUAUUUACGACUUUUAUUACAAACAUAAACAGAUGCUAUUUCAAUAAUAGUUAGUAUUAUUGAAAUAAUAAUACUAACUAACGUCCAAAGCACACUCAUUCAUAACUUUACAAAUAACUUUAGAAAUAAACCUGAAAUCUGCAUAAGGAAAAACUUAUAUGCAACGUUAAUAACGUUAUCAACCAGUUACUGCAGUUCAACCAGUUUUUACAAAUCUAGUUAUAAGCAGAGAUGCCACAACUAAUGACAGCACACAGAAUGCAGGUUAGUAAUGAUAUGCUAUUAAAGUUCUUCAUAAAUUACGUUUUACGAUGCUUAACGGAAAGGUGGCCUAAAUAGUUUCCGACAGUCUUCAGCUAGUAUUGUGGACACCUUCACAUCUAAACGAUCUAACUACUCGUAGAUUCCUGUUUAAAACCUUCCAACGAAAAAAUCCUCCUCCAGCUAUGUAUGUCCCCCGUUAUACGCUUGUAUACCUUUCAUAGAGUUGUUUGGAAAAUCAGCUAUCAUCUUGAAUUCGAGACCUGUAGAUCUUCAGUAACAACUAACUAUCGAAGGAAUAAAACAAGAGGAUGGUUUCUUAAAAACUUAAAUUGAGGGCGUAUGCCAUUAACACAGCACAAGAACAUUUGCAGCAAGGACUUCUACAGAUUUCACCACUCAGGAGAGUUUUCUAUAAUAGUAACUUACAGGACUAUUUAAUAAGAUAAUGGUACUUCAGAUCCCGUCAUAAAGCAUCUUCUUCCAUUAACAAAAUUAAAACAGAACUUAGUAAAUAGGUACAAAAAUUCCUAUUAUAAUUUCACAGAUUUAAGUGACACAUGGGUUGUUGCUGUGCCCAGUGGUGGGUUUAACUGGCAGGUAUAAACCAGCCAGAAGUGAUCCCUGCUGGGUUCAUCUUGAUGUCGACUUGUAAUUGAAUAUAACACCCAGCCAUUUUAAAUAGUUAAGGUUAAUAAACUAUUGCAUAUGCUUACCUGUAAUGUUCUCCUUGCAUUUACAAAGGGAUUUAAUAAAGAAUAAAAGAAUAUCAGGUCAUUUUAAAUCAGUGCUUUAUUUUUCGCAAUGCGACGACACUCGGUGCGGAAAAUUCACAAUCAUCGUUCUAGCUGGAAUAAAUUAAUAACUUAUAGUAUUACAGAGACAAACAAAUUAAACUUCGAAUGCACUGACCACCCACAGAUACAAAAAGAAGUUUGGAACACUUUUUAACAUUAUAUAUAUGGCAAAUAUGAGGAGAGUGACUUGAGCAAAACAGGUUUGUAAUAUUCACACUCAUGUUUCACCUUAGUGUCCUCAGUCGACUGUCUAAAAUAUUCAGCAACACAUGAAAAUAUAAGAGGAUGUCGGAAAUUUACCUUCGUUGUAUCUAAAACAACAGUGGCAAAUGUACGAAAUAAUUUUAUUCGUUCAAAUCAUCCAUAGUUAGUAAUAAACUUUAAACAUCCCUCUUAUAACGAAUCUAUAGACACAGUCACAAUACCAAUAUGUUCAUCAUUCUAGUGAAUACUUAAAUAACUUUUUGUUAAAUGCAUUAUCAUUGUAUUUUAAUUUUAUAAAAAUUAUAGUCUGUUUUCUACAACACAUAGGGGUUUUGAAGUUAUUUUGAAUAGAGCAUCAUAAAGAAGGCAGCAUCAUAUUAUAACAAAGUUGGCAGCCCUUGAUAAAGACGCCAUAUUGAUCCAACAUCACUACUAAUACAUGUGCCAUACUGAUACUGGUGCGAUUAAUUAUUGAUUGGUUGAGCUUGAACCAAUCACAAUUCAGCACCGCCCCUCCAUUCACCUUUAUAAGCGGAUUGCAUUACUGGCUCUUUCUAUCCGUUUUGAUGUAACAUAUGUUGACUAAGGAUGGAUAUGUCUAUUGGCUCUCUAUAAGAAGGCCGAAACAUUUUAAGAUUUUAACAGUUGUUGGUUUUUUACAUCUUUCGAGCCGGGAAACUUAUUCGGUAUUAAUGAUUAAGGUUGAAACGGUCAAGAAAUGCAAUAUGCGAACACUUAAGUAAUGAGUAUAUCAGAUGUUUUUAAUUCGUCAAUUAUUUUGCUAUUGAUAUAAGGAAUAUGAAUGAUGGUGAUGAAUUCAAGGUGUAAGGAGAGAUGUUUAGGAACACUGCUGGGCUACCCAACGACAUGCGACAUCCGGGGAGUGAUACACUCUUGCACGUUGAGCCUGGCGUGUUGGCUGGUGGGAGGGACUCUGACCAGUGGUUGCGGAGGAGAUCUACUAGCUGACUGGCUGUUCACGUGUUGUGUCACUGCUCACGGCGCGGGGAUCAACUCUAAACCUCUCCGUCGAUGGGGAAUUCAUCACCACAAACAAGUAGAGUGUGGAACUCCUGUCGUGGGAAUCCAAAAAAGAAUAAUAGGAGGGGCAGAGGCGUAUUUUGGGGAAUUCCCUUGGCAAGCCCACAUCCGUAUCUCGGGGUACCAGUGCGGUGGAGUUCUCCUCAGCUCGCGGUACGUCGCUACUGCAGCCCAUUGUGUCUACAGAGCCCGACUGAAAGACAUUCUCGUGUACCUGGGAGAGUACGACACCCAGAACACGGGUCAGUAUCUGGAGCCGGUGCCGGAAGAAGCGUACCGAGUGGUCGGCAAGAUCGUCCAUCCUAACUUCGAGUACCGCACCUCCCAGCCAGACAGGUAUGAUGUCGCCUUGGUGCGCCUCGCUAGACCAGCAGUUUACCGAGAGAACAUCUUGCCUAUCUGUCUUCCUCAGCAGGGCGACUCCUUCAGCGGCCAGACCGGGGUUGUGGCUGGCUGGGGCAAAACUGACACUACAUAUGGAAAAACCGGAACGAACAUCUUGCAGAAAGCUUUUGUGCCGAUUUUGCCGGACGAGAAAUGCCUGAUCUGGCACAAACACAAACGUAUUCUGGUGGAGCUGCAUGAGGAAAUGUUCUGUGCCGGCCAUAGUGAUGGUCAUAUGGACGCUUGCCUGGGUGACUCCGGCGGGCCUUUGGUUGUAUACCACAGCGGGCAUCAGAAAUGGACUCUAGCCGGUAUCACCAGCGCUGGUUUUGGCUGUGCCGUGGAUCACCAGCCCGGCAUCUACCACAAAGUUGCCCACACUGCCCAUUGGAUUGCAGCCAACAUUAAACAGUAGCCCAUCACUUACUUCAUUCUACCAUGCCUGUGACUCCACCAAGAAGUUUUACCUAGUUAAAAUAUUGUGACCCCUGAAAUUCCUAUUUUAGGAAAUAACAUAAUUUAAAAAAUUACAUUCAGAUUAUUUGUGAUAAUGUUUUAAAAAUCACUCAUUUUAGAGAACAAAUUGUUAUUUGUAAUAUAUAAUAAUA